GUUGCGCAUGCGAAGGUCGCGUCGGGCUCCGGCGCGGCGCAGCCGGUGCCGGAUCGAAACGGAAACUUCCGCUUGCAAGUCUAGUUUACGCAUGGAAUUCGGAGUGACUGUGUCGGGUUCUCGUUUGGCCGUUCAACUUCUUUACUUUUAAAUUGCGAAAAGAGACAAACAGGCGUUCCCCUUUUGUUUGAGACUUGGAGAAAAUCAUAUGGCCCAUCAGGGUUAUCUGCCUCCUAGUGCCCCACCUUCACAGGGCUAUGGUGCACCUCCACCACAGCAAGGCUAUGGGGCACCUCCACCACAACAAGGCUACGGGGCACCUCCACCACAGCAAGGCUAUGGUGCACCUCCACCACAGCAAGGCUAUGGUGCACCUCCACCACAGCAAGGCUAUGGUGCACCUCCACCACAGCAAGGCUAUGGUGGACCUCCACCACAGCAAGGCUAUGGUGCACCUCCACCACAGCAAGGCCCCGGGGCACCUCCACCACAGCAAGGCUAUGGGGCACCUCCACCACAGCAAGGCUAUGGGGCACCUCCACCACAGCAAGGCUACGGUGCACCUCUACCACAGCAAGGCCCCGGGGCACCUCCACCACAGCAACGCUAUGGGGCACCUCCACCACAGCAAGGCUAUGGGGCACCUCCACCACAGCAGGGGUUUCCACAGCAACCUCCUCCAGGUGCCACCAACCUGGAGGGCAUUAAGAUUGACACUGAGGGCGAUGGAGGGAACCCAGAUGUGAAUUCAUUGCAGUCUGUGCGAGGGUAUGAGACUGUGGCAUUCAGUGAUGGGCCACCUCUGCCACCCCCUGCAGUUGAACCGCCAUCAGGAGACCGUCCCACCGAAGUUUUUGAAUCAAAUGAAGGCAUCGGGGAAGAGGUUGUGAGGGCAGCCAUCUUGGACCAUGUUGGCAAGCACUGCUGCUACGGCUCCGGACCUGCCAAGAAUAUGACCAUCUCCAAGAUCAUACCAACCCACGCGCUCCACUACCAGCUGGAAACUUUCAAUGAGGAGAGGUCCACCAGUCGUAAGUUCAAGCCUUACUCUGGUGGUUUUGUGGACGGCCCUGAGAACGGUUCAGCACCGCCUCCAUGGUCCGUAGUAUGCCAGCCGGACGAGAUGUUCUCAACUCACAAGAAGAAGUUAGAGGUCCCGCACACUUCUGUCGUCACUGUGUGUCAUUACUGUGUUGGGCGUGGUGUUGUGACGUGCAGCAUCUGCCACGGACAGGGACGUGAUCGUUGCACCUUCUGUCAUGGAAGUGGCCAUCAGACAGUUUACCGUGACGGUGAAUCUCAUUCUGACAAUUGCACCGUGUGCAGUGGGAGUGGAACGCGCAGUUGUAGCCGAUGCUGGGGCAGCGGUACGGUCAGGUGCCCCACCUGCACAGGCUACCGACAGCUGCGUCACUUCAUCCUUCUGACCAUCUCUUAUGUCAACAAUUUAGAGGACUACAUCUUGGAGCACACGGACAUGCCAGAUGAGCUGAUCAGGAAAGUCAGUGGACAGAUUGUGUUCCAGCAGACUUUGCCCUAUGUGUGGCCUAUUUCCCAGUACCCUGUCCAAGAGAUUAACCAGAACUCAGCUUGUCUUGUUGAAAGACAUCGCUCUGCCUGGCCAAAUGCUCGGACUCUGCAACAGCGUCAGACCCUUAGCUCUGUACCCGUGACUGAGGCCCACUAUGACUGGAAAAACAUCAGCACCCGCUUCUGGGUUUAUGGCUUUGAGCACAAGGUCCACGCCCCGGACUACCCUCACAAGUGUUGCUGGGGGUGCAGCAUCCUGUAAAGACAAAAGGUUGGCUACUCUUUCUGAAAGAAAUCUCGGGAUACGUUUGAUCGACCCACCGAUACUGCCGUGCAACAAAGAGUCCAUGUACAGUUGUGUUAUACUUUCAAAUGUUGGUUUAAUGUGUGUUGAAUUCUGUUGUGUGGAAUUUACACAUUCAACCUGCCACUGGUGUUGAAACUUCAGAGUUCACUCAAUUUGGUGUACUUUUUGGGCUAAGACAAUGCCUGAACGCUACGGUUUCCAGUCAUAGUCUGGAACUUCAGAGUUCUUCACAAGUCUCAGGAGUCUCAUGAAUCUUGCUUCAUGAGUAAUCACAAAUCUUCAUAAGUAGUCACAAAUAUCCAAGUCUAAUUUAAGGUGCAAACUGUUCAGUCAUGAACUGUAACAAAAGCAUUUCUUGCUAUUCACCUGCUGUUAGUAGGGAACCGUCUUGUGAGAGUUCUUGAAGUGUUUUAGCUAAAGCUGUCCAGAUACCGUACUAAAUUUUGAAGCUGUUUCAAUUUGGCGUUAAACAAUGCCCUCCGAGGUCAAGUCACCAUUUUUUGUUGUGACAUAAAACUGAUUCAGUGCAACUUUGAAGCGUUCAGACAUUGUUUAGCCCAAAAAUUACACCGAAUUGAGUUCAACAACUGUUUUAAGCAAAUUUAGAAAGAUCUCAGAACGUGUUCAUUGUAUGCUUAAUUAAUAGUGAUUCGUCCACCAUUUACUUUGUGAUCCAACCAGCAACUCGUACGCUUUGCCCUGGACACAUUGUAUUCUUUGCAUAUUUUAUACGCCGUCUAGCUAUGGCUUACGUGUUUGCCACAAACACAUCACUGCCAUUAGCCAAAGCCAUCUAGAGUAAAUUACCUAAAAUCACCCAAUAUGUGGGAGCCACUCUCUAGAAAGCAGCCCAAGUUGUAUUUGAACUGCGUUUGUUUAAUUUUAGUAAUUGGUUCAACAAAAAUGACACCUAAAAUCUUUUUCUCCAGUUUUCUUUGUUAACAUGAAUUUUGGGUAUUUCAAUUACUAAAAGCGGACUUAUUUGAUUCGUUAAUCCCAUCUUUUCAUAUGAAGUUUUUUUUUCUUUCGCAACUCACCGUGCAGAUUUUGAACUGCUCAAAUCGCACUAAAAUAAUGCUGCAAUUUUUGUAUUUUUAUAUUUGAUGUCAAAAUAAUAAAAAUCUUCAGUAUAAAUAUUAAUUUCCUUGAGAGUAGCAAAGCAAAAUGACGUGAGGGAUAGGGAACAGCGUUUUGAUUCCAGUUAGCUCUUUGUUUGCUUUACAAGUCCUGCUUAAUUAGUCAGGGGUUGAUCGACGUUUCCUUGUCAGGUCUCGGCAUGGCCCCCACAAGCUAUUCAGUGCACUGCGACAAAGAAAUUGUUUUCGUAUGGUCCUUCUUCACAUCAGUACUAAUGCAAACCUAUACAUCUAUAACCAGGUGCAGUGUAAAAUAACUGAAAGGCCUUUGUUGGUAUUCUACAUGGAUGUAGUUUUGAAUGAUGGCUUCUUGGAGGACCUGUAAUGGGGCCCACAGCCUUGUCCAGUGUUUCUUAACAGAAGAUGUUGUCUUCUCUAAAACCUGUAAUAGAAUCCACGUGUGCCAUUGCACUGUACUUUAAGAAUGCACCUUCAGGAAAAUUUUAAGAAAUUUACUUUCUUUCUGCAGCGCUAAAUGUAAUUUUUUUUUCUUGCCAACCUUUUUCGUGCCGUCUAUCUGUUUACAUAAAUAUCAGUUAGUGUCCGAUUUGCUUCAAAGUUUACCACUUUUUUUGAUGCUUGACUUUACACAGAAGAUUGUAUUUUCAUUUAUAUGGAAUGUUUUAGUAAUAUAUUGACUCUUAUUUGGUUGUUUUAUACAGAAUUAGGAAUUAUUCUUUUGCCAUUGCACUGACCACCAGCAGUAGCUUUACCAGCCAAUGGUAGGCAAAAUACGACUACGGCGUAUUCAUUUUAUUUGAAAGUGUUUAUGUACAUGUAAGUGAUUGAUAGUGAUGUUUGUCAGACAAUUACCAUUUUACAAAGUGAUACCCAGCUCUUGCUAACAUUGGAAUGCGCCUGUUCAAGUUUGUUGUGACAAAGGCAUCAAAACAUUUAUAGUGUAAGCUGUGUGGUGCUCCAUAAAAACUGACAACUUGAUGUCUUUACAUCCAAUUUCUAUGCAGAUCAUGAUGUUCACAAAGGGGGGGGGCCAGGUUUGAUCAGCAACCAUAUGCUGCAGAAUGGUUAGAUUUCCAUCUUUGGCCUUGUAGGAAUUUUGUGCACUUGGGGCUAUUCUUGCUCAUCCCAGCUGUGGUACUCCAAGCCGAAGCCUUGACUUUCAGACAUGGUCUUAGCCUCUGGAAAUCUACCCCACCAUAUUGGAAUGUCCUUGCGGACAAAAUUUGCUUGAAAUAGCAAAAUGAGAAGGGCUGUAUUGACAACAGACUCAUGUAUGUACAUGUACCUCCAUGUUUGAAGGUGUUUGGCCUAUAGUUUACUCAUGAGGCUAGAGCAUGUCGUUCAUUUCAAAUGGCUCCCAUUGCCUCAGUCAAGCAACAUGUGCAAACAACUGACACUGCACAGGACCUAUUUUGUGUUUGACUCUGUGUAAUAAAAUUCUGCCUGUGGCCCUGAUAAAGCUGGGUACCUGCUAAAGAACUGUGACCGAAAAUGACACUGAAUACUAGACACUGAAAUUGCACUGAAAUUACUGACUGAAAUAACUAAGUACUAAGUACCUGAUUGGGAAAAUGUGUCAACAGAUUCUCAUUUAUAAAAUAUUACUAGCGAUAUUUUUUCAAUUUUUUGUAUCUGAAUGGUAUAUAUAUAUUUUGAGAUGUAUUUUUGUAUGGAUAUACCAGUUUUAAUUCAUUUAGUGCGUGCCCAUCGAGUUGAAUAGAUUUUUGUGUACUUUAAAAACAAUGUGUAUCAUGGAAAGCAAAAAUCGAUUGAAUCCUUUGAUUCUCAUGAGCCUGAAAGUCUCCUUUUUUCAGUUUUUCAUUGUAUAAUUAUGCUAAAAGAUUUCAAUAAACCUUACCCAGUGAAAAACAGCAGAGGUCAUCUUUUAUCAUGCGCAGAGAAGCGUAAUAAAUGGAUUAACAUAUCCGGAACUGUAUUCAUUGAAUAUAUCAGUUGCACUCAUACAUGUAGAAAGAAGACUUGCUGAAGAGGGAUUUUUUUACAUCUUUUUGAUGCAACAAAGUACUGCCGGGACCACUACUAUUGUUGCCAUUUAGUAAUGACUGGGCCUAGUUUUAGUUAAGUUUCUUAAAUUUUAGAUGAAAUUGUUUUCCUGGAACUAUUUCCAUUGAACUUGGGAGAGAACUCUGCCAUAGGUCACUCAUGAUAACUUAAAAAAGACUUGUCUUAAGAAGAUGAAGGUUUUUUUAUUACUCAUGUAGUGUGUGUAGAAGUUGGCAGUAGGGGUUUAAUUACGCAGCAGGGUAACCAUGAUAACCCUUACACUCUACUUGCCCAAUCUAUGAUUAAUUAGCACUUCCCUCUCUUAUAAUCUUUGUGACUUCCAUUUGUAAGCGUGUUUGCACACCCCACUCUGAGAGAAAACUAUUAAGGAUCUCUUUGUCUUGUUUUUUCUUUAAUUGUAAUCCUCCUUUGUUAGGCUUUGUGAUUGUGUACAUUCCUGCUGAUUAAUGGGAGGGCUCAUGUCCUUGUUUAUUCUCGCCAUUGCAGUUUUAUGUGUCCUUUCAAUGAUAUUUGGAUUGUUUUGUAUGAAUGUCUCUAUGCAGAAAUGAAUAAGUAAAAAUAAAUCGUACCAAAUCAUUUUAAAUUUCA